AUCAGAGACCAUACCCUUCUCUCCUUCAGUGUCUGAAGUCGUCUAAUGCUACCCCUCGAUGAUGCUUGGAGAACCUACCCGCUUCAAUCCUACCGUCCAAAUUCCUCAAUGGGACCCAUUCGAAGAUCCGACGGCAGUAAUGGCCUCCCCUUUCUCAUCCGUCCCCAAUUCCUCUGUCAACGUUAACGCCAAUGCCGGUAACGGAGACUAUGCCCUUUUUCUCGAUUCUUUCUCAUCGCUCCACCGUUACCUUCCCUCCAACGAGUACGUGGCCAGCGAGUCCGACUCACUAAGCGAGGAAUCGGACGUGCCCGUCGAUGCCUUUUCCUGCGAUCAUUUCCGCAUGUUCGAGUUCAAGGUUCGGAGGUGCGCACGUGGGAGGUCACAUGACUGGACGGAGUGUCCGUUUGCUCAUCCCGGCGAGAAGGCUCGCCGGAGAGAUCCUCGCAAGCAUCACUACUCUGGCACUGCAUGCCCUGAUUUCCGCAAAGGGAACUGCAAGAAGGGCGAUUCCUGUGAGUUCGCUCACGGAGUCUUCGAGUGCUGGCUCCACCCGGCUCGUUACCGUACUCAGCCGUGCAAGGACGGCCUGAGUUGUCGCCGCCGAGUCUGCUUCUUUGCUCACACUCCCGAGCAACUUAGGGUCUUGCCUCAGCAGAGUCCGAGGGCUCAUGGGUCGUCCUGCGAUUCCUACGAUGGGUCGCCGGUUCGUCAUGCUUUUGACUCUUAUUUGACGAAGGGGUCUUUCGUUUCGUCGCCCACAUCGAUCCUAACUUCGCCACCGGUAUCUCCACCGUCUGAGUCGCCACCAAUGUCGCCGAGCGGCGCUGCUCAACCCGGUGGUGGAUCGGCCACCUCGGUGAGUGAACUUGCUUUGUCAAUGCGUGGUCUUCAGCUUGGUAAGAUGAAAAUGAAUUCUCCUUCGUGGGGGGUUCAAAUGGGAUCUGGGUUUGGUUCUCCCCGUGGUGGAUCGACCCUCCGACCAGGAUUCUGCAGCCUUCCUUCGACCCCGACUCGAACUCCGACGAAUCGCUCGGGACUGGGUGCGUUUGAUCUCUGGGACCAGACCUGCGAGGAAGAACCUGCCAUGGAGAGGGUAGAGUCUGGGAAAAACCUGCGUGCGAAAAUGUAUGCGAAACUCAGCAAAGAGAACUCGCUGGAACAGUCGUGCGCCUCUGCACCGGACGUUGGGUGGGUUUCGGAGCUAGUUAAGUGAAUCCGAGAUAUGGUAGGCGGAUUCGAAUUUCGAUUUUUCUUUUGAAAGAAAUUUUUUAUUUUGGCUGAUGGGUUUCAGAAUUCGGUGGCGUGGUGAUCUUCUGACUAUUGUGAAUACGGAGUUAAUUUUGGAAAUUUUGCCUGUAAAUAGUUCAUGAGAACUUAUUAUUACUCUUUAUCUGCUUAUUGGGAAAAAAAAAAAAAAGGAAGGAAAAAAUGGAAGAAGUUGGAUCUUUUUGUACAGAUAAAGAAUUUCCCAGACUGCCGAGGAUUGGGAUAGCAGCAGCAGUUGCUUUUGAUCAAUAUUUGUCUGUGAAUUGUAUUUCGGUUGGAUUUUUAUCUAAUUUCUCGGAUAAUUUUCUAUGUAAGUUCAUCUGGUUAUGUUUUAUUAAUGUAAAUUUAUUUUUCUUCAAA